AUUAAUUGAUUAAAAUACUAUUUUCGCAUAAAAACAACAUUGAAAUAUUACACGCCUAACGUCGAGACAAUUUGCUAAGAAUCCAACUGUAAUAUGCAUGAUUCCGAAGAGACAAAAUGAAAGUAAAAUGCCGAAUUUUAAUGUUCCCGAAAAUGCAAGGAGCAUGCAUGGGUUACAAUGUCCUCUGCCUUAAAAAGGCCACAAAUUCACGGUUCCUAUAAAACGCCUUGGGAAAAACCAUCCACACGGGAUUCUAGGGAACACGGAAGAAAUGUAUAAAAUAAAGCGUCAGAACGAAAAAAAGAAAUGAUAAAAAUAAAAACACUAAAUAAACCGCAUUCUUUAGAGUAAACUCCUCCCAUGUCUGUUCAUAGCGGCAUGUCGUAGCAUUAUAAUUAGGUUGAACUUAUCCAUUUUGGAAAUGGCUUUGACCACCUCUAUGAUUAAAAAUAAAAUGUUGUGGCGAAAUUUCUGUCGGAUUUCUUGGUUUGUUGCUUUGUGUGACGGGUUGGAGGGAAUACAUGUUUGCAUUCAGUGGUCGAAGAGUAGAAGUCUGGUUACGCAAAACUCAGAACAGAUCACGAGUGAAAACCACUGCAGGAUGAAUAACACCACUGACAGAAACCUAGGAUUUGGCGGAAUGGCAGUUAUUGCAACGGUUAUACCCGCAGAUCUUGCACCGCCAUAUGGCCGUGAAGGGACCAGAGUUGCAGUCGGAGCAGCGCCAGGUUAAAAUGUUGCCAUUGGUGCCCUGGAUGAUGGCGAAGACAUGGCCAGAGCAUUGGUUUGCCAUUUUGCAGGAUAGUAGAAUUUCGGUUGAAUAGGUAUGGGUUGUUGGAUAAAGUCGUAAAAAGAUGAGGAACUGCAAGCUGUAUAAAAGUUGUCAAGACAAGUCAAUGGGAAAAGCUGGUCUGUAAAAUGGGAUGGUUGACAGAAAGUGUCCAAUUUAUAGACCUCGAUCUCGUAAGGCAACUUCCGAGUGCACGAUAUUGAUGUACUCCGAGUGAUAGACCGAAUUGCAAGGACUCAGUAGCAAAAGAGUAAACAACGAACGAACGACAAGCUAAGCACUCCCUGCAACUGGAUCCCUAACGGCCAGCAGCACGCAUCCGAUUCGGGGAGGGACGAACGCUCAGAUCGGGACUCGGAGCCUCAAGUGUAAUGUGAGGUCGAAAUGCGGUGCAUGUCUCCAACUCGAUCGUAGAGCCAGAAUUACGAAAGUCAAAAGUCGGAAAAAGUAAAUGAAAUAUUCGGAUUAGGGGCCAAUAGCAACACGUUGAAGUAAAUACCGAAACGGUUGACGAGGACAGCUCAGAAAAAACAAUUUCAAAACAAGCGGUAUCAGACUAUCAGCAUUUGCGCGAGUGCGGAAGCCAGUUUCAGCGCAGCCCAGGUCUGGCCGGCGACAUGGGCAGAAGGAGGAUGCAGAGGAAGACAGGGCAUCCCAGCAGGGCUUGGUCAUUCAGGCAGUCAAAUACAGUGUAAUCGGUCCAGA